ACAGGAGAAUGGCAUCGUUGAAAAACAAGUUGAUGAACACGGUCAUCGAGCCGAUGUCUCACGGUAGGAGCAAAGUCACCGUAGUCGGCGUAGGCCAAGUUGGAAUGGCCUGUGCGUUCAGUCUUUUAGCAAAUGGUGUCUCAAACGAGCUGGUACUCGUUGACGUAAUGGCGGACAAGCUCAAGGGUGAAAUGUUAGAUCUGCAGCACGGCACCGCGUUUGUGAAGAAUCCGAAGAUUGAUGCUAGUACAGAUUACGCCGCGACAGCGAACUCGAGUGUCUGCGUCGUGACCGCCGGCGCUCGUCAGAGAGAAGGUGAAACGAGGCUGGACCUCGUUCAACGAAACACAGACAUCUUCAAAGGCAUCAUACCUCAGUUGGUCAAAUAUAGCCCGGACGCUGUACUUCUGAUCGUCUCGAACCCGGUUGACAUUCUCACGUACGUUGCGUGGAAGCUGUCCGGCCUACCGAAAAAUCGAGUGAUUGGUAGCGGUACCAAUUUGGACUCGGCCAGAUUCCGUUUCCUGUUAUCGCAGAAACUCAACGUAGCAUCUACAUCCUGUCACGGAUGGAUUAUCGGCGAGCACGGUGACACGAGUGGUAAGUUACCUAAGAUAUUUUUAAAUCUACACACCUUUAUGACACACGUUUACAUGACGGACAAAAAUUCAUUCUUAUCUGUGAUAAGCCCACGUGAAUCUCGUAAUGUACCAUUAUCUGCAAAUCAAAUCUCAAUCGCGAUUUCGCACCAUGUGAAACACAAGUGAUUUUAUUGCGAUCUAUAUUUUAUCGAAUUUAGGCAAUACUUCA